AUGAUUUGGUGCGACGACAAGUUCCCGCUACUCUCAGCGUGCAUGGUGAAGAUCUUUUGCGGCCCUGCCUUGACUGCAGGCGUUGAGAGGAACCACAAGGUCGGCGCUAAUGUGCACACGGCUCUUCGAAACCGCCUCGGCAACGGCAAGGUUGAGCGGCAAGUUGCUGUGGCCCACAACGCCAACGUGGCCAAGCGUGGCGGACCCGAGCUGCGUCACCCAUUCGCUCAUUUCAUGGCCAAGAUGUUUGACCCCGACGCGGAUGUGAUAAUCAUCAACGACAAGGAGCUCAACCUUGUCGACCGGCGACCCACUGCGAUCCAAGCCGACGGUCAAGAUGUUGAAGAUGCGUUAUAUUUGCUUCUUACGCCAGAUGAGUGCUUGGAGCAGGUUGUUUUGCACCAGUCCCUCGAGGGAAGCACCGUCGCGUGA